AUAAAUUAAUGUAAUUGAGAGUUAAGUGAAGAAAUAAUUCCCGGCGCAAAAUGCCGCCACCAAAUUUAACGAAAUAUUUAAUGAAUGUGCGUUCGUCUCAGCGCAAGUUACCACCGGGUCCGUCACCGCCAUCUCCUAGCCAACAACAGCAGCAAUAUAAACAACAGCAAAUACAACAACAAACACCUAGACAUCAUCACAGAGGUUAUGAUUACAGCAAAACAUCGCAAACGGACGAAGAGAAACAACGCGACCGACAACGCAGCGAGCGGGAAGCGAAGAAAGAGGAGCAGGACGCCAUCAAUUACAAGCGCGACAAAGAGGCACGAGAGGCGCGUUUGCUCGAUUUGGAAAUACGUCGACAGCAGAAACGCGAGGAGCAUAAGCAACAGCAUCAAUUGCAGCAGCAGCAGCAGCAACAGCAGCAGCAGUCACAGCAGGGAGCGACAAGUGAGAAGAGUCCACCCACAACAUCAGGCCAAUCGCAACAGCAGUUGCAGCAGCAACAACAACAACAACAACAGCAACAACAACCACAGCAACAGCAGCAACAAAUACAGCAGCCCGUAACUGGUGCGGGCGGCAGUAGCGGCACCACAGCGCCCCGCAUACAAACACCACCAGAUCGUUCGUGUCCGCCAGCGUUUCGCAGUCGAUCUAUCGAGCGUGAGUUACUUUACGAGCGCAAAAGGUAUUCGGCAACGGAAACAGCCGAAAUCAAGGAGGGUGUAAGCACGACACCAUCACCGCAGGCUAUAACUGGACCGCCGCCAGCCACACAUCAUUCGGUGGUGGCGGGCCCUCCGGCAACAGCAGCAGCUGCUACAGCUGCUAUAAUACCAAUAUUACCGCUUGGAGUUGCCACUUUACGUGAUGACUCCACGGAAUCCGAGCAAUCCGUGACGUGUACGCAGGCCCAGCCAGAUGCGUAUCAUCGCAUUAUGUGCCGGGCCCCUAUCGCGUCACUUGACUGCAUGGAGGAGUUCAGUGGUACGGGAGGUCAUCUUGAUUUCGGCCGUUCGAUAAGUUUAGGCUCGAAUCCGGCACUACCGUUACGCCAUGGCUCCACACCAACACCCGGUUUGCGCUACAAGAACCUUGGCAAAAGCGGCUUGCGCGUCUCCAAUGUCGGUCUGGGCACAUGGCCCGUUUUCUCGCCCGGCGUUAGUGACGAACAAGCCGAAGCUAUUUUGCGUUUGGCCAUUGAGAGUGGCAUUAACUUGUUUGAUAUCUCUGAGGCGCAUUCAGAGACGGAAAUUGGAAAGAUUUUGCAGCGUACGGGUUGGAAGAGAACUGCAUAUGUGAUUACCACGAAGGUGUAUUGGAGCACCAAAUCGGAGGAACGUGGCCUUUCACGCAAGCACAUCAUCGAAUGUGUCAAGGCGAGCUUGCAACGUUUGCAAUUGCAAUAUAUAGAUAUUGUGAUUAUACACAAGGCUGACGCUAUGUGUCCCAUGGAAGAAGUCGUACGCGCCAUGAACUAUGUGAUCCAACAAGGUUGGGCUAUGUAUUGGGGCACAGCACGUUGGUCCCAUGUCGAGAUCAUGGAAGCCUACACUAACUGCCGUCAGUUUAAUUGUAUUACACCCAUAGUGGAGCAAUCCGAAUAUCAUAUGUUUUGCCGUGAGAAAUGUGAACUCUACCUACCAGAGAUGUAUAAUAAGAUUGGUGUGGGCCUAAUGGCUUGGGGACCGCUUUCAAUGGCAUUGGCUGAUACUCAAAAUGGUGAAAAACUAUUCUUGCCAAAGGGAUCGUUCAAGACGAAAAGUCAAAGUUAUUCGUGGACAGAGGAUGAGAUCAACCGAAAUGCGGCCUUAUCGCCACAAGGCAGCUGGGGUAAAGACCGUGUUGAUGAGGGACGUCGACACUGCGAUCGUUUGCGUGAUUUGGCAGCAUUGGCCGAGAAAUUGGGCUGCAGCCCAACACAGCUAUCUAUAGCUUGGUCACUGAAACAUGAGCCUGUGCAAUGUCUACUUUUAGGCGCCACCUCGGCUGAGCAAUUGCAUCAAAGCUUACAAUCCUUGCAGCUACUGCCACGCCUAUCAACCAGCGUCUUGAUGGAGCUGGAGCGUAUAUUAGAGAAUAAACCGGUGCGGCCGCCAAUGAUAUCGACACUCGCACUUCGGUGACAAUCAGCCUGCCCUCAGGGGCCGCCUAGCCUCAGUGGCGGCGGCCCUUGCGGGGCAGAGUCACCGAAAAAUGAGGAAGAGGCGUUCUGCGAGGAGGCGGAUGCGAAGGAUGCGUCAAAGCAGGGUUUCUGUGUUAUUCAGUGACAAAAGGGGUCCUUAGAUAACGAUAAUAAAUUUUUGAAAGCGAUUAGUAGUAAAACUAGUUUUAGUAGUACAACAAUGACAACAACAAUAAGCAAACAUGAUCUACAAUUACAACAGCAACAGCAGCAGCAACAGCAACAACAAUUGCUACUACUACAACAGCAAGAGCAUACGCAGCAGCAAUUACAUGUGCAUUACACAGACCAACAACAACAACAACAACAACAACAACAGCGUUCUUCACUUUUAACAAAACCAACAACCAAUAAAAACGCUGCAACGCCGACAGCAACAGCAGUAGCAACAGUCGCUACAGUUACAUUAACACCAUUGCCUAAUACCAUUACAACAACAUCAACA